AAUAACACUCAUAGAAAGUUUACACCUCAAAGUCAACAGCAUGGAUAAGUUCCAACCUGUCCUGCAAUUCAUCAUCAACCAGAAGACCACCAUCGGGUACAGCUUUAUGGCCCUGCUCACCAUCGGUGGGGAGCGGAUCUUCUCUGUGGUGUCCUUCCAGUGCCCCUGCAACCACCAGCAGAACUUUGCCUAUGGACUGACUUUCCUGUUGGGUCCUGCUGUGGUGCUCCUAGUCCUGGGUUUGUUCCUGAGUAGUCAGUUCUGGAGACUCUACACCGGCUGCUGUCUCAACCCCCAAAAGCUUUGUCCUCGUGGAAACUGCUGUGGAUGUUUCCAGGUGUUGAUCAAUAUCUUUACCGGCGCCUGUGUGCCCCCCCUGAUGUGGCUCUCUGUGGCUCUGCUCAACGGAACCUUCUACGAGUGUGCUAUUAGCGGCCUGGAUGAGAACGUGGUGGUGGAUCUGUUCUGUAAAAACAAGACACUGAGGUGUCGGGAGGAGUUGGCCAGAGUGCCCUGUGAUCGGUCCAAACUCUCCAACGAUGAGCGGAUGGAGCUGCUGCUGAUGCUCAGGGCUCAGUCGCAGAUCUUGGGCUGGAUUAUCAUCAUCAUCGCCGCCAUCGUCGGCCUCAUCGGGACCUGCUACAAAAACUGCCGCUCCAAAGUCAGCUACUUGCAGCUGACCUUUUGGAAGCGCUACGUGGAGAAAGAGAAGGAGAGCUUCGAUUCCUACACUGUGGAAUACGCCACCAAGCUGGCCAACAGGAACCUGCAGAGCUUCUUUGAGAACAAGGAACCUGCUGCCAUGUCCUUCCCCAACCACAAGGCCUGGGAGGAGAUCUCUGCCUACUACAGCUUCUCCCGCAGCGAGCAGUACUACAGCACCCUGCAGCGCUUCGUGGAGAGGAGCGACCGGGACUUCUCCGAUGAGAGGAGACCCGUCCUGGACCUGGAGCACGGACUGGAGAUGAAGUGAGGACUGCUGGGCCUCACCAGCACCGUCCCAGCAGAGUCUCAGACAACAACGCUGCCCUUUGUGUUCACCGAGGAAUGUGUCCUCUCCAGACCCGGCGAGCACAUCUCAUGAUGAAGAGCAUGGAGAGGAUUAAGAGUAUUAAGAGCAUGAGCAAAAACCACAAACAGUUCCUUAUUUUAGGUUGUUUACUGCCUUCUUUCCCUUUUCUGAUGUUUCAUAACUAGUACUGAAAUAAAAACGGUCCAAAUCAUCCCCCCUGUAAAACUGCCAUUCCUCCUUUCCAUCCCUUAUGUCAUUUCAUCAAUGAAUGUGGUUUUACUGCUAUUUCAACAUUUAGAGUCAUCACCAGAAAAAUAACACCAGAAAAAUAACUUAUUUGACCAUUUUCACCUGUUUCAAGUACAUUUUCACUUGAAAUAAGUAGAAAAAUCUUCCAGUGGGACAAGAUU